AUGACUUCCCACCCGGAGUGGCUCCUUCAGAAUUGUGACGAAUGUGCUCGAAACCUGGAAACUCUCUACACUGUCUGGAACGCACAUACCGUUGUGGUGCUGCUCGAACUUCACUGGAUCUUCAGCUCAUCAGAAUCCAAAUUUGGCGCGGAUGUUGUACCUGAUUUGAAGACUAGAUAUUGUUUCGAUACUAUUCUCAAGCGACUGGGCAAAGUGUCCGCAGGCGGCACGAGUCCCUACGCCGAAGCGUUUGGAUUUGUCUUAAUGAAGCUCGAAAUCUGGCAUAUAUAUCGAUCUGGCCAACUCUCUGAUGACGGACAAUGCCCAGAUGGCCAGACACGACAGCAACGAGCAUUUAGCAUCCGGCGGCAAAAUACCGCGGACAUCAUUUAA